GAUUAAAUGCUGUCCUGUAUGACAGCCAAAGAUUGACUACUGCCCCCGGUGAAGCCAUUGAGACUAUGAAGACCUAGGGCAGUCUAGGUAUUGGGGGGACUGCCACCACCCCCACAGACACCCAUGGUUCAUUGCCCUCCAGCCUCCUGCUUGCCCCAGCAUCCUCUGCGCGGCCACACAGAAACUGAGUGCCCCGGGGAGCCUGGCUGCCAUGCCAUCUCCUGUUUCCCUCUCCUUCCUCCUCUUCCUUACCCUUGUAGAAGGCAGGAGCCAGAAGCCGCUACUGGUGGAGGUAGAAGAAGGAAGCAACCUUGUGCUACCAUGCCUCCCGGACCCCUCACCUAACUCUUCUGAGAAGCUAGCCUGGUAUCGAGGGAACCAGUCAACACCCUUCUUGGAGCUGAGCCUAGGGUCGCCAGGCCUGGGCCUGCAUGUAGGGCCCCUGGGAAUCUUGCUAAUCAUUGUCAAUGCCUCGGACCACAUGGGGGGCUUCUACCUGUGCCAGAAUGGGUCCCCUUCCGAGGAUACCUGGCAGCCUGCCUGGACAGUGAACGUGGAGGACAGUGGGGAGCUGUUCCGCUGGAAUGCUUCAGAUAUAGGGGACCUGAACUGUGGCCUGGAGAACAGGUCCUCAGGGAGCCAUGGGCCCACUUCUGGUUCCCACAAAAGUCCCUCGCUGUAUGUGUGGACUAAAGACCAUCCUGAGGUCAUGGGGACAGAACCUGUAUGUGCCCCACAGACAGUCAGUCUGAAUCAGAGUCUAAUCAACCAAGAUCUCACUGUAGCCCCUGGCUCCACACUUUGGCUGUCCUGUGGGGUACCCCCUGUCCCAGUGGCCAGAGGCUCCAUCUCCUGGACCCGUGUGCAUCCUAAGAGGCCUAAUGUUUCAUUAUUGAACCUAAGCCUUUGGGAAGAGCACCCAGUCAGAGAGAUGUGGGUUUGGGGGCCUGUUUUGUCACUGUCUCAAGCCACAGCUUUGGAUGAAGGUACCUACUAUUGUCUCCAUGGAGGCCAGCCCAUCGAGAUGCAUGUGAAGGUCAAUGAAAGGUCAGUGUGGCUCUGGCUGUUGAGAACUGGUGGAUGGGUGAUCCCAGUUGUGACUAUAGUAUAUCUCGUCACCUGCAUGGUUUCUCUGGUGGCUUUUCUCUACUUUCGAAGAGCCCUUAUCCUGAAGAGGAAAAGAAGGCGGAUGAUGGACCCUGCCAGGAGAUUCUUCAAAGUGACACCUCCCUCAGGAAACGGAACCCAGAACCACUAUGGGAAUGUGCUCUCCCUUCCUACACCCACCUCCAGCUCUGCCCAUGCUCAGCGUUGGGCCGCAGGCCUGGCGAGUGCCCCUGGGUCCUAUGGAAACCCGCGCAUUGAAGUCCAGGAUACUGGAGCUCAGAGCCGUGAAACAGGGCUGGAAGAAGAAGAAGGAGAGGCCUAUGAAGAGCCAGACAGUGAGGAGGGUUCCGAGUUCUAUGAGAACGACUCCAACCUUGGGCAGGAACAGCUUUCUCAGGAUGGUAGUGGCUAUGAGAACCCUGAGGAUGAGCCCAUGGGUCCAGAAGAGGAAGACUCCUUCUCUAACGCUGAGUCUUACGAAAACGCAGAUGAGGAGCUGACCCAACCAACUGGCAGGACCAUGGACUUCCUGAGCCCCCACGGAUCUGCCUGGGACCCCAGCAGGGAGGCAUCCUCACUUGCAGGGUCCCAGUCCUAUGAGGAUAUGAGAGGAAUCCUGUAUGCAGCUCCCCAGCUCCGAUCAAUUCGGUCUGGCCCCAGCCAUGAGGAAGAUGCAGACUCUUAUGAAAACAUGGAUAAGUCUGAUGAUCCAGAGCCAGCAUGGGGAGGAGAGGACCACACGGGGGCUUGGGAUACGAGGUGACUCUCAAUCUGGACUUCCUCGGGUCCCAAGAGCCACAUUCAACUCUGAACUCUGGAGGUCCCAAUCUGAUGGUGUCACUCACUGAAAUGACCUUGUUUAGGAUGUGUGUAUGUGAACGCACGCACUCAUAAGCAUGUACAAGUGAAGCUUCCUUCCCACCCUUUUUGUUUCCCCCAAAUAAACUCAAUGAGCCACUCAA